AGACUGAUAUUCUUCCCUUAUUAUGGACCCCUGCGGCCCUCCGAGAAUUUUUUCAAGUACUCAUCCCCAACAUCAUUUUCAUUGCCUACACAGCAAAAUCAUCUUUGGUCAAGUUUGCCAUUUAAUUUACCGACGUUGUUUCCCAUCUCUUGUCAUAUACAACUUACACCCGAAUUUUUGGCCAAUCGAACAUUGCAGGGCCAGCAGUUGCGGCGUAACGAGGACGACAGCCUUCAAAAGCCAGCCAGCACUAUAAACGACCAUAAAUGGUCAACACCACGAUGACGGACAUGCCAGCAAUUUUGGAACAAAGUCUUGCCACGUUGCAAACCUCGUGGAUUCCAAUCAUCCUUGUGCCCUUUGCCUAUCUGGCUCUAUCACAGAUAUCAAAAUCAGUAGGAUUGGGUGGUCGAUCAGACAAGGGAAAAGCCGCCGGAUCUCAUGCUCCAGAUCACUCAAAGUUUGAUACGUCAAAUAUACGUGUAGCAAAAAUCCUCAUCCACCCCAUCAAGAGCUGUAAGGGCACUUCUGUUCCAGAGGCAAAGUACACUCUUGAAGGAUUGGAUAAUGAUCGGAAAUGGUGCGUAAUAAGGGCAGAUAAUAAUGUAGUCGUGACUGCCCGAGAUGUGGCUAAGAUGAUUCUUAUAAAUCCUCGUAUCAUCCCGGAUUCCUCAUGUUCAGAAGGUGGCCGGCUCGAGGUAUCUUUCCCAACGGAGUCGGGCUGUGAGGCCUUCUCCGUACCGUUAAAUCCCACUGAGGAAGCACUUCAGGAUUGGCAGAACCUCGAUAUAUCGUUGUGGGGUAAGAAUGACAUCGAGGGGUACGUAUGUCAGACCAACAUAGGAAGGUCGCCCUCGGAGAUACUUUCGGAAUAUAUGGGGUUGCCCGUACACUUGGCUAUGAAGGGCUCGCGUCCGCGGAUCUGUUCGCCUACUGAACGGUUUCCCGACCUAGAUGCACCCUCAUACUUUCAGGAUGGGUAUCCUUUGAUGUUGAUGUCCGAGGAAAGUGUUGCGGCCGUGCAGGGGCUGGUCAGAGGAAUGGUGGGCAUGCAGGGCAUAGAAGAAAGGUGGUCCAGCGAGAAUCUACAGAUAGAAAGGUUCCGCCCUAACAUAAUCAUUAAAGGAGCCGGCGCACCUUUCUUCGAGGAUAUACUCACUGAAUUCACUGCCGAUUCUCAUCGCGAGAGUGUAGACAAGGCGUCACCAAUCAUUCGGCUUGUGUCUAAGUGUACUCGUUGCAUGGUGCGAAUUUGAGACCGAUUUUUCUUUUAAAAAUAGGUGCUGAUUAUUUCGCUUUCGCAGCUGCCAAAUGUACAUCCCGAGACUGGUAUACGUGACAAAGCAGUGCCAUUCAAGGUUUUAAUGAAGCAUAGAAGAGGCCUGGAUCCUGUGCAGCCCAGCCAAUCGUGUAUGGGGUGCAAUGGGGUUCCCACCGCGAAUGGCGUGGUGAAGGUCGGCGAUUGGAUCCACGUGCAUAAGAUGGGAUUCGUAUGACUUCAGUCAUCUUUUGAAGGUGUUGUCAUUUUGAUGUAUCUAUUGC